UCGAAGAAAAUGGCGAUGGCUUCUAUGCACAUUUCACUCCCUACCCUCACUCCACCAAACCUUCGCCGAGUCAAUCGGUAUUGUUUGCAAUCACAAAAAAGGUCGUCUGUUAUUGCUAUGGCGAGUUCGUACAAGGAGAUUGCUACUUCUGGAGUGAAGGUUACAGAUGGAGAAGGGAACUUACCCAAGGUUGUCUUGACCGGUUCAAAUGGCAGUGAGGCAGAUGUGUAUCUAUUUGGUGGAUGCAUUACUUCUUGGAAAGUACCGAAUGGGAAAGAUCUCCUUUUCGUGAGACCUGAUGCUGUGUUUAAUGGGCAGAAACCGAUCAGUGGAGGAGUUCCGCAUUGUUUCCCACAGUUUGGACCCGGCCUGAUGCAGCAGCAUGGAUUUGCAAGAAAUCUAGACUGGUCGAUCGUUGAUUCUGAAAAUGUGCAAGGAGAUCCUGUCUUAACUUUAGAACUGAAAGAUGGUCCUUACAGUCGUGCCAUGUGGGAUUUCAGUUUUCAAGCAUUGUACAAGAUUACUUUGCAAACAAAGAGCCUUUCCACCGAACUUUUUAUUAAAAAUACAGACAGCAAUCCAUUUUCAUUCAGUACCGCGCUGCAUACUUAUUUCAGUGCUUCUGCACAAGCAGCAUCAGUUAAAGGUUUGAAAGGCCGUAAAACACUAAAUAAAGAUCCCGAUCCCAAGAAUCCAUUGGAGGGCAAGGAAGAAAGGGAUGCUGUCACAUUUCCUGGAUUUGUGGAUUGUGUAUACCUGGACGCUCCUAGAGAGUUGCAUCUUGAUAAUGGAUUAGGUGAUAUAAUAUCUAUCAAGAACACCAAUUGGUCGGACGCUGUUUUAUGGAACCCAUAUCUGACAAUGGAAGCAUGCUACAAGGAUUUUGUUUGUGUGGAAAAUGCACAGAUUGGAAAUGUCCAGCUAGAGCCGGGUAACACUUGGACUGCUACACAACAACUCAGCAUCAACUGAAGAGUGGCUGAUUACUGUUCUUCAAUUUUGGAAAUAAAAUACAAUAUAUCUCUAUCCCUUCACUCGUAUUUCAUGUUGUAAAAAGAUUGAAGCUAAAAGGUAAAGCAUACUAGAAGCUUUCAAUUGAAGUGUAGCUCUCUACUGUUCAAUAAUAUAUGAUCCUGUAUAGGUUUCCAUUCUGUGUAUAAUGUUCCAUUUUUCAAUUAAUGAAAUGCAUUUCAAU